AUGCUAAUUACAGCACUGCUGCUGUGUUACCGGCUACAUGCCGAGCGAGGGCUCCUAGAGAUGGAGGAUAUGGCAAAACAGUUGACAGAGGCAAAACGUGACGCAGCGCAAUCAGCAGCUCAAACAGCACGCCUGCAGCAAGAGCUAACAGAAUUGCGUAAAGCGUUGCAGCAGAGGGAGUCAUUCCUGGCUCAGGUGCUGUCUGGCCGACUUCGGGAAGACGGGAUACCAGGAACACCUUCGGCGUUGCACCAAGAAGCGCGUACCUUGCCACUCCAACCAGUUAGUCGGCGCUUUGCACCCAGUGGCAGUAGCUUUGCCAUGUCAGCCGGAGAGGUGGAACUGCCCAUCCAUGAGGAGAGCCAGCCGGCUUCGCGAUUGGAGCUCGGAGGAUGUGCUGCUCCUGAGAAGCCCAAUAAGUAUUUGCCACACCUUCAAUCCAAAGCUGAGCUCUUGAAAGAGCUUUCCAAACAAGGAACUGAAGCUGUAGUCCUUUUGGCACGACACAGCGCUUGCGAUCAAUGCAGUGUAGCAGAGAAGACCUUUGCUGCAGCUGCAAAGAAGGUUGUAGAAAGCUCAAAGAUGACGAAACUGACCAAGGUUCGUCGGCACCUUGCCUUGCGUGCAGUGGACCUGAAAAGGGCACGGCAGCUGCGGCGGCUUCUGGGUGUGAGGUGUGCACCGACGCCUCGCGAGUGCCGCCAUUAUCUUUUCUCUCGAGUAGGAGGUUUGGUGCCAGUGCCCAUUCGUGGAAGGCACGAUCAGGGACUCUUGCUGGAGACCUUCAAGCGGCUUGCACGGCCACAGUUCGAGUCUGCCUCUGGGCGCCUGGAAGCUGGAGAGUCUUUGACUCGGAGCCGCCUUGUGCUGCGACAGGACAGCUCAGAAGAAGAGAGGCAGGCAGCACACCAGCAGCGGCUCCUGUUGGAUGUGGCCGUAGCAAAGGUAGAGGACCAUGAUCGUUUGGGGCUGCGAUUGGCCAAAGCAGUGGCAUGGCGAGCUGGAGAGGCAGAGGCAAGAUACUUCACUGGUGGAAACUUCUCAGUGUGGCUUCAAAAUGUGGCGGUGCCCUGUGUGGGAGAUGUCCGAAGCUUCUCAGAUGAAGAGCCCUACGAGGAUCUGGCAUUGCCUCUCGUCCGACUCUACCUCGACGACGGUCCUUUUGAUGCCGUUGCCAAGAAGGUGCUGUGUCGCCUUUCGGGUGACUUCUUUGGGCAGCUGGCCUUUAUGGCCAAGAAUGCCUCGCAAGGUUCAAGUGACUGGCGGCAGCAUGGUCUACCACCAGGCAUUGGUGCUGUCAAGAGCUAG